AUGGCCACCGUUAGGGUCGCGUGCGUCACCGAGGAGGGCUGCAGGCUCGGGGAGUCGCCGCUGUGGGACGAGAAGGAGAACGCGCUGCUGUGGGUGGACAUCACGGGGAGGCAGGUGUGCCGCUGGAUGACUCUGAGCAACCCUGUGGAAAAAGUGGCCUAUCUUAUAAUAUUCCAUAUUCUCUUUGUGCUCUUUGUGUGGACAUACUGGAAGUCUAUUUUUACUCUCCCGGUGCAGCCAGGCAAAAAGUACCAUAUGUCCUACGCUGACAAAGAACGCUAUGAAAAUGAAGAAAGGCCGGAGGUGCAGAGGCAGAUUCUCGCCGAAAUUGCAAGGAAGUUGCCGGUGUACACAAGAACAGGGAACGGAGGUAGAGCUAAGCAGAGAGCUUUGUUUUCUCUGAACUGGUUUUAUGUUUGGGAAAACAAAAAAGCCUUGAAUGCUUCCAUUCAUCUUCAGUGUGGAGUACCAGGUGCUGCUUUUGAGAAGCAAAUUGUGGUGUUCCUUGUGUUACAACCGUGUGCCGUACAUAUCCUGAUUUCAACUUUGCUUUUGUUCUCUAGGGUGAAUAACUGCAUUGGAUUUUCUAACUACAAAUUCUUUCUACUCUUCUUAGCCUAUUCUUUGUUGUAUUGCUUGUAUAUUGCCGCAACAGUCUUCAAGUAUUUCAUUAAGUAUUGGACAGGUGAACUGACGAAUGGACGUUCCAAAUUUCACGUCCUUUUCCUUCUCUUUGUGGCGGUCAUGUUCUUCGUAAGCCUUAUGUUUCUGUUUGGCUACCACUGUUGGCUCGUUAGUAGAAACAGAUCUACUUUAGAGGCUUUCUCAGCUCCAGUGUUUCAAAAUGGCCCAGAUAAAAAUGGAUUCAAUCUUGGCUUUGUAAAGAAUCUUCAGCAAGUGUUUGGAGAAGAAAAAAAGCUCUGGUUACUACCUAUUGCCUCCAGCCAGGGCGAUGGCCAUUUUUUCCCAAUGAGAGCUCUGUGUGAAGCACAGAAUCCCCUCCUAGCAAAUGAAGAGCAGUGGGAAGAUGAUGGAAUAGAUGAAGAACCUCAUGGUAAGGUAACACUAAAGGAAAUUAUUUGUGUCUUGACCUACAGUGACUAGUGGAUGAAUUAUAAGAGCUAAUCAAAUGAAAAAAUUGUCUUGCCUAAGUCACGGGGCAGCUCUGACUUGACUAAUGAAUACAGCCUAAAAAUAAGUCCUACUUUGGAGUCAACUCUUUUUUUUUUUUUUGGAAGCUUUCCACUUGCGAGUAAAUGAACAGGGCUGUUGUUACAAGUUGUUGCAGGGAGAAAUUGAAAUUUCCACAGAGUGUCUUUAUAUGUAAAUGUUGCUGCAUGCAGCACAGUUAUUGGAGACAUAAAGUUGUGCCUAUGAAAAUAGAAAGACUUAAGAUUUUUUUUUUUAAAGUGCAUUUAUUCUCUCAGAGUUUGUGAAAACAUGCCUGUGAACACCUGAAUGCAGUGAUACGUUUAGGAAGCUACCUUAUGCUUUGUUUGUUCAGCCUUGUUACAAGAGUAGAGAAGUUCAUUUGGGUUUGAUGCUUGCCUAGCUAUGCACUCAUCUCCAUAGAAGUAUAUGUGCUGGGAGCAAUUCCAGGUGAACUGGCGUGUUUGUGCAAUAGAUUUAUUCAGUUUCUGAAAUGUAAACAUACCUUUUAUGCUAUGGGUGUCCUAUUAGAAGAUGACUUUGUAUGUAUAUGUGUAUCUAUUCUUUGAUGACUGUUGUUAGAUGGAUCUAAAAUUAGUUUAAUGAUUCCUUACUGUUACAUUUCUCUGUUUGAGCUUGCAUGGGUUUUUCCCUUGCAUAUUUACCUCCAAGCUUUGGUCUGUAGAGAAUACAGCAUGUAUCAGAACAUCAGGGUUCAUGUCGGACACCCCAGUUACGACGUCUGAGGGUUCAGGAAUCCCGUCAGUAAGUUAAGCAUGGGCUCAUAUCUUUUUCCUGUGGAGCAAGGAUUCCAUCCACAGGCUCCCUUUAAAAGAAAUACCAUGAUCUCACUCUUCCCUCUAAGGUGAAAUGUUGAUUAUUGAUUAUGGUGAAAAUGUUAAUUAAUUCUCAGGUUACUGUGAUUAGUGGAUCAAGCAAGUAUAUGUGGAGAACCAAAUAUUACUGCUUAUUGUUUACAGACAGGAUUUCCGUAGUCACGCUCUUCAUUGCGUCAGGAUAGUUUUCAGAAACUUGGCUGAUAAUGUUCCCUUUCAGGGUAUACGUUUUAGUCACAUGUGCACAAUGUAUGUUUGGGAAGCCGUGAGGAAGACUGCCGUCUCGGGGAAAGGCGGUAACAGAACCUUUUCAUGUGGACGUUUUCACAUGUGUGCAAUGCUCUCCUUAAUGCUAAGAGCACAGUGUUUGCUGUUCAGUCUCUGGUUAGGUCUUACCUGCAGCUGUUUGUUCAAGUUACUCCACUGCAAAAUAAACAGUCUGUGUUUUUUCCAAGGCACGUUUCACAUACUGCUGGGAAAAUAUACUCACCAGGAUUUUGUCAAUAGGACUGAAGAGGGUCAUUUCAGCUUUUCUUCAGAUUAACUGCUUUAAUUAGUUUGUAUUUGUGUGUUAGAAAACUACCUGUUCUUCCUGUUUUGUUAUAUACAUUUUGGCAGUUGUAGGGUAACACAAAUUGGCUUAAAAAAACCAAUAUGGCAUCUCUGUGUACUGUUUAUGAUGCUUAAAAAGAAUUCCUUUAGGAAUGAGUCGGAACUCCUUCCGACUUUUAUAAACUAUAAAUUCUCUGAAUAAAAAAUUAAUUCUUAAGUAUGAAAACGUUAGACAGUGAAAUGAUUUUGGGCCAGAUCAGAGCCCAGAAUCUGAAUCUGUAGCUUAUAUGAAGUCCCACAGUUUAUAGUGCUUAUGAAAUAGAUGGCGCUUACAGGCAGUUGAACUAGAUGAUUGCUGUGGGUCCCUUCCAACCAAAGUAGUCCAUUCUAUUAGUCUUUCUCAGUGAAGAAAUAGCUUUCAGUCUUAUUCCAAGAAGCUGUAGAACCGUAAUAUUGGUAAAAUUAGAACCUCUUACUGUCACGUAAAAGCCAAACUGAGCCUAUACAAAGUUACAGGCAACAGUGAAAAACCAGGCUGAACACAGGCUGUGAGCAGAUGCCUACCUUGUUAGAAUGUGGAUUUUGACCCAUGAUUGGAGAAGAUUUUAAUUUUUUUGCAGUGGCUGUGAGGUAAAGGUGGGAACUGCAAAUAAAAGAACGCCCUAGAUAAGGAGAUUGUGUCCUUUUUAUGGCAACAAAUCGGUGAUGUGGCUCUGGAAUUCAGAGCAAAUGUUGGGGGAAAUCCACUUCCCUUUAUUUUUCUUACAAACAGGCAAAUCCUCCUCUCAGCUCUCAGUCCGAACACACAAGUUUUGCAAGAUGAGAUCCCACAUGGAAAUCGAGGGGAGCGUGUAUGGUUGGGAGGGGAGGAAGCUGAUGCUUCCCCUGGAUGCUUCAGUGGCCAGUGCUGCAGGACUGAGAGUAGCGGACGCUUGUAACGCAGCUUGCAGCCCCGCUGCUGGUGCGGUUUUGUGAGCAGAGUGAUGCACAGAGCUUGCAUUGAAAAGCUCCACGACAGGCAGGGUUGCCUGAAUCUUGCACUCUGCGAGUUCUGUGGGUCUCCAUGACCACCAGGUAGGGUCAUGGCUGAUUCAGUAAUCGCAGAAUCAUAGAAUCGUUCAGAUUGCAAAAGACCUUUAAGACCAUCAAAUCCAACCGUAUGGCACGUGUAAAGUAUUUUUGAGUAAGUACUUCUGUGAUACAGUGUAAAUCCACCUUGUGGAGCAUUUUUCUCUUAAGCUCUUGACUGUACCAUUCUGCUAGCACAGCUAACAAACAUCUGUGUGUCAUUUUGAUUAAUAUAAAAGACGCUGGGGGGGAGAGAGCAUUGUAUAAGAAAAGGUACCAGGUUGGUUCUUUUUCCUGUUACCUGGACAUUAGACAAAGCAGGAGUCAAGGAAACGUGAAAAUUCAGAUUUUUCAGUCCUGCGGUCUUAGGAGAUGGCACUGCCAGCUGCACCCAGAUCAGAAUAAUUACUGCCCUCUUGUACUUAAGCAGGGCCUCUCACCUCCUGGAGUUCCACCUGCAAUUGCUCAUGCCCUUGUGUUAUGUAGCAGGAGUCAUGAGGGGUCUCCUCAUCAGUCGAGUCCCUCACUCGUGCAGAAGGGAGAGAAACACUGCAGAAAAAAUGGAAAAAAGGAGGAGCUUGAUGGGAUGUUUCUCUGUGUAAUGUCACUGUGCCCAACUGCAUUACUGCAGUCUUUUGCUUCCACCCUGAUUAUUCUGUGUCCGCAUAAAGCAGGGCAUUUCUAAGCCCCCACAACUGCAAAGAUCAGCUCACACGUGGAUAUGGGGGGAGAGGAGCAUUAAGGGGACUGGGAGAUUCAUGCGAAGCCCAACUGAAAGCAAGGAGAUGAGGCUUCGGCCAGGUCCGGGAGCGUACAGGCCAUCUUCCCAAUCACCUUAUCCACAGGGUUGUCCUUUUUGCUGUGAUAGGGAUGUUGAAAUGUGCCCUUCCUGGUUGGAUUUUUUUUCUUAAUCCUGGCCUUGCUAAGGCUUUUACUGUUUCAUGUAGUGAAAAAAAUAUUGCGGGGAACCUUUUGUUUCAUUUCUUAGCCAGAGACUGAAAACAUUUGCUUCCAAAUUUAUGGUAAUUUGAUUUCUUUUUCAGAUUUAUUAAUGCUCAUCCUUAUUCAUAGGCAUCUGGUUAAUCUGUCAAGCCAAGGAGCUACCCCGAAUCACACGCUGGCAGCUUAUGAGGUUAUCAGGUUUUUUCAAAGAACUCACCUGGGGUGUAUUUGACGCGUUGGUUGUGGGUGUGUCAGCACUGUGAGAGCUGGGACAGCCGGUUCUGCACAUUUAUAGCAACAUCUUGUCUCUUAGAUUGAUUUAUAAUUCAAUCAUGUGUUUCAUUUGAGCUUGUACAAAAGGCUUCAGUACGAAUCAAAUCUUUCUCAAAUUGUUCUCAUCUUCAAAAACUUGUCAUCUGUACUAAGUGACAUCUUUCCAGCAGAAACCAGCGUAUCCUGAGUAAUAGGUGGACGUUGGUGCCUCUGUUGGUGUGAUGGAGCUGCAGGUGUCUGCAGGCACGUGGUCUGAAUUUAAAUUCAAAUCAGUAGGAGUCUAAUUAAAGGAGCUCCCUGUCCUGAGAUGCCAGCUAAUUUGGCAUAGCAGCCCUUCCAGUCGAGAAAUCGUCUGUUGUGACUGUAGGGAUUGAAUUUCUAUCCAUCGAGAAAUUUGAAAAGCUACUCAGAUGUCAGAAGUGAGCAGAGAUGGCUCAGACAGCACAACGGUGUGUUGGGCAAUUCAGUGAACCGAGGCAGAAGCCAAGCUUUGCAGCUCUGGAUCUGAGGCAUGAUAGAAGUGGCUAAAUUGUGUCUGACAGAAGGAAGAUUAAGUUAAAGCAGCGCUAAACCCUACAUCAAUGACUGCCUUAGAAUCAGAUUUGGAACAAUGGAGGGAUACCUGUGUAGGAAUCUGCCCCAGUUCAACUACAUCAAUUGGUAAAUAUAUUUAGUAACACCAACAGGGCUUCGUAUGUGGAUCAGACCUGCAGCUGCUAAAGCAAUAGGAUGAAAAAAGAUAUUCCAUAAAAAGUCGGUAGUGAAAUUUCAGAGAAACGAACGUCCUGGAGCCAGCAGGUCCUGCGUAUCCUUUUAUCAGUUCCCUUUGACGUGCAGGUCGUGUGCUUUCCUAGAGGUAUGCAGGGUAAAGGGCUGUUCUCUGGAACUUCCCAUCGGAAUAAAUGGAUUGGAUUUUGCGAGGUAAAAUAGAGGUCUAUGCUAAUAAAUAUGAAAAUAACCCGAGAAUGGAAAGAGCAGUGAUUCUUUUUAUACGUAAUAAGGAAACAAGAAGCCUAGGCAAAUCUAUUUCUUGUAUAUGUGUUAAGGGGGAAG